CGAUGGGGCGAGGCGGGGCCUGCGGAGCGCGCGAGGGCCUUCCGCCCGCCCCUGUCUCGCCGCCGCCGCCGCCGCCCGCCUUUCUCUCCCCUGCGCCCACGCCGGGGCAGCGCGAGGCCGCCCCCCCGCCCCGGAGCCCCUCCACGAGGCAGAAGCGGUUCGGGUGGGAAAAGGAGGCGGCGGCGGCGGAGGAGGAACCCGCCCCGACAGGGGAAUAGGAGGCGCCCGAAGCGACCUCAGCCUCUCCUCCUCCUCCUCCCCCUCCUCGCCCGGCUUUUGUUGGGCGCCCCCUCCUCCUCCUCCUCCUCCUCCCCCUCCUCCUCCUUUCUCUCUCUCUCCCGUUUCACCGCCGGCGAGGAUGAGGCGAGCCGGCCAGGGCUGCCCGGAGGCGGCCGCCUUGAGGACGCCGCGCCGCUGAAGAACCAGAGGAGGAGGCGGCGGCGGCGGCGGAGGGUCGGCGGGAGGAAGAGGAGCAGCUGCUGCUGCGGCGGCGGCGGCGGCGGCCGCGUUGCCAGGCUCGGCUGUGCUCGGCGUGGGGGGGCUGGGAGGCGCCUUCGCCGCCUCUCUCGGGCUGGAGUCGGAGGAGGAUGAAGUCUUCUUUAUAUGCAGAAGAGGAUGAUUUUGUGCCAGAGCUUCAGAGAAGUAUUCAUCCCCGUGAAAGACCAGAUUGGGAAGAGACUCUCAGUGCAAUGGCCAGAGGAGCAGACAUCCCUGAUAUUUCGGGAGAGCUACCAUUGCGAACAUGUGGCAGCACAGCUAGCAUGAAAGUGAAGAAUGUGAAAAAGUUAUCUUUUACAAAGGGCCACUUUCCAAAGAUGGCUGAAUGUGCUCACUUCCAUUAUGAAAACGUGGACUUUGGCAAUAUACAACUUUCACUCCCAGAGGAACAGAAUGAAGUAACAAGAAAUGGCUGUGAAUCCAAGGAACUUGUCUACCUUGUACAGGUCUCUUGUCAGGGCAAGAGCUGGAUUGUGAAGCGGAGUUAUGAAGAUUUCAGAGUACUUGAUAAGCAUCUUCACCUAUGUAUUUAUGACCGGCGCUUCUCACAGCUCUCAGAGCUACCCCGUUCUGAUGCCUUGAAAGACAGUCCAGAGCUUGUCACCCAGAUGCUGAUGGCUUACUUGUCACGACUCUCAUCUAUUGCUGGCAACAAGAUAAACUGUGGUCCUGCCCUCACGUGGAUGGAGAUUGAUAACAAGGGGAAUCACCUGCUGGUCCACGAAGAAUCGUCCAUUAACGUCCCUGCUAUAGCAGCUGCCCACGUUAUUAAAAGAUACAUUGCUCAGGCUGCUGAUGAAUUGUCCUUUGAGGUGGGAGAUAUUGUAUCUGUUAUCGACAUGCCUCCAAAGGAGUUGACUACCUGGUGGAGAGGAAAACAUGGAUUUCAGGUUGGAUUCUUUCCUAGCGAAUGCGUUGAACUUAUAAAUGACAAAGUUCCUCAGUCCGUGACCAAUUCUGUGCCAAAGCCAGUCUCCCCUGCUCAUGGAGCCCGUCCAGCGUCCUGGAGCUUCUUCCCCCCUUAUUUGGAGAUGGAUAGUAUAAAGCCAGGUUCAGCAUGUGUUUCAGAGACUCUGAACCAAUCCCACCUGAGUUCAGUGUCAAAAAAACACGGCAAGCUUAUAACUUUCCUGCGCACAUUCAUGAAGUCUCGGCCAACGAAACAGAAAUUGAAGCAGCGUGGGAUCCUGAAAGAGAGGGUGUUCGGCUGUGAUCUUGGAGAGCAUCUCCUCAACUCUGGUCACGAUGUCCCCCAGGUCCUCAAGAGUUGCACUGAAUUCAUUGAGAAACAUGGCAUUGUGGAUGGAAUAUACCGUCUGUCUGGGAUUGCUUCCAAUAUCCAGAAGCUACGGCAUGAGUUUGACUCAGAGCAAAUCCCUGACUUGACGAAAGAUGUAUACAUUCAAGAUAUACACUGCGUGGGUUCACUGUGCAAGCUGUAUUUUCGGGAACUCCCAAAUCCCCUGCUCACCUAUCAGCUGUAUGAGAAAUUCUCUGAUGCCGUGUCUGCUGCUACGGAUGAAGAACGGUUAGUUAAAAUCCACGAUGUCAUCCAGCAGUUGCCACCGCCCCACUACAGGACGCUGGAAUUCCUAAUGAGACACUUGGCUCAUCUCGCUGAUUAUUGCGCCAUCACCAAUAUGCACACCAAAAACUUAGCAAUUGUCUGGGCACCAAACCUGCUGAGAUCAAAGCAGAUAGAAUCUGCCUGUUUCAGUGGAACAGCUGCUUUUAUGGAAGUUCGAAUUCAGUCUGUUGUUGUGGAAUUCAUUCUAAAUCAUGUGGAUGUCCUUUUCAGCUGUAAACUCAGCUCUGUUAUUCGAGAGAGUGCAGUAUUUACGGAUCACCUUUCUCAAAAAAAGACUCGAGGUCACAGUUCUUUGUCACGUCCUAAAUCUCUGCUGGUGUCUUCUCCCUCAACAAAACUGCUCACACUGGAGGAAGCACAAGCAAGGACUCAAGCCCAGAUAAAUUCACCCAUCGUGGCGGACAGCAAGUACAUUGAAGUGGGCGAAGGACCCGCUGCCCUACAAGGAAAAUUCCACACCAUCAUAGACUUUCCAUCCGAAAGAAAGAGACCACCAAGUAAGAUGAAGAAAUCCCCGGUUGGUAGCUGGCGCUCCUUCUUUAACCUGGGAAAAUCCUCAUCCCUCUCCAAGCGGAAAUUGCAACGCAACCCGAGUGAGCCUUCUGAAAUGAAAGCCAUAGCCCUGGCAGGAGGACGAGGAGAUAGUGGGACUUUGCGGUCUGCUAAGAGUGAAGAGUCUCUCUCAUCGUUACAUGCUAUUGAUGGUGAAUCUAAACUGUUCCGUCCCCGAAGACCACGGUCCAGUAGCGAUGCCUUGUCUGCCUCCUUUAAUGGGGAGCUCUUGGGGAACAUGAACCGCUGCAAUUCCUAUGACAACCUACCCCAUGAUCAGGAGAGCGAUGGGGAGGAAGGGCAUAUCCAUGUUCCCGCUCUGAUCUCUCCACGGUCAGCUGAGGACGUUGACCUGAGCCCACCUGAGAUUGGUGUGGCAAGCCUGGAUUUUGACCCCAUGUCUUUUCAGUGCAGCCCUCCCAAAGCGGAGUCUGAGUGUUUUGACAGCAGCACCUCCGUGUUGGAGUCAGUAGACUUUAGUAAGGAUAAACAGAGCACUUUUAAGAAGGACCUAGAUUCAGGCAGCCAGUCUCAGACACCUGGCAGUGCUACAAGCUCUGAACCGGUCUCCCCCUAUCAAGAGAAGGCUGUGAGUCCCUUCUUCAUGCUAGACUUGAGCCCAACGGAGGAUAAAUCACCCAAGCCCCGGUUGUUAUCUGAAAAGGUCGGCCAUGCCUUCUCCCCCAAUACUGGACAGAAGCCGCCAAAGUCUCCGCCACCAAAUAUAUUGGAGCCUGUCUGCUUUGCUCUCCCCAGCCGGGUACCAGAUGUCAUCGGAGGUCUAUCAGGGAACUUAGGUGCUCCAGAGUGGACCAAAGGGAACUGCAGCGCCAUUGAGGCUAUCAACAGGUCCCCACCAGAGAUGAUAAUAUCACCCUUGAAAGCCUGUGAAUUGAGGCCCAAUGAAGGACACCAUGAAGAGUUCCAGAGCCAAGGAGAUGCUAAGAAAGCUGAGCAACAAGAAGAGGUGGAGCAGCCCCUGGCCAGCAGCAGCCAGAGUAAGCCUGUACCUUCUGGACAGACGCAGCCAGGAGUGGUUGCCCUCGACUCCCCCCAGGAUCCUGUGCCAGUCAGUUCUGUCUCUGUUGUCCCUCCUCCUCCACCGAAAAACGCAGCCCGCUUGCUAGCCUUGGCCCUAGCAGAGUCUGCCCAGCAAGCAUCUGUUCAGUCUAACAGGAAACCAGAUGCUCUUUCUGACUGUAUCAGCUAUGCAGAGGCAGAGAGUGGAGGAAGUGUGGACAUGUUCCAUACAUAUUCUGAUGUCCCUCCAGAGAAGCUACACCUCUAUGCUGCUCUGCCAGAGAACCAGCUCAGUUUUCAAGCUGCAGCACCUGGAGUUCCCCACAGAAUGGGAUUACCUGUAGACCAGGGCUUUACAAACAGUGGCACGCCCGAGGGCAGCAAUCGUUCUCAUGCUGGCAAGCCUGGACAUCGAGACCAUUCCCUUCUCCCUACUGACAUGCCGGGAGAGCUGCAGAGCAGCACAGACCUGGGCUGGGACCACUCCCACUUCCAACUUCGUGCAUCGGGGGAGGCUCCCCACCUCACUCACUCCAUUCUGUCUGAGGGUCAGAACCACCCUCAGCCUUGCACCAGGGGAGCGGUUGACCCACAGCCACCUGUAACAGAGGCACCUACACAAAACUCUCACAGUUGCCUCCCUAUGGAUAAGAACCAAAUCGAGACAAACAAGCUUCACUUUCCUGCCUGUGCAGCAGAACAUAAAUAUCAGUUGCAUCCUGCAGCCGCUGGAGAGAAAACAGCCACAUCUGUUGCAACAUGCAUGAUAACGAUUCCAACAACAGCCGCCGAAACGGAACCUGGAGUAUCCAGCCAGCAUGUUCCUGGCCAUCCUGCCACAGCCGUUCCCAACUGCACAUGGGGAGAAAUUGCAUUCAUGACGGCUCAGCGUGCUCUUGCAGCCAGCCAUGCAGGUCCAAACCAGAGGCCGGGAGAGCAUCAGCCUGCUGUAGGACAAGCACCAGCUACAGUCAUUAACCCUUUCAGUGUCCUGGGCCAGGCGCAAGAAGAGGCAACUCCAGAGAAACUACCUGAGCCCAGGUCAGCUGAUCCAGCUCCUGUUUGUAUCCCUGAGGGCAGUGCUGCUAUCCAAUGUACGUCGGCCACCCCUGUAGCCACGCUCCAUCAAGUCCACUUGGAAAAGCCUCGUGAGAAUGUCAGAGCUCCCCCUUUGCACUUGCAUUCUGAAUCUGUCCCGGCUCACUCCUCCUAUGGAUUUAUGCCACCAGUCCCACCUGUGAGAACAAUUGAGAGUAAAAUUGCUGCAGCCAUGCAUUCAAACAGUGCAGAUCUUAUGAAUCCUGCCAGUUACCAUUCCUUUCUUGCUUCUUCUGCACUGCCAUCAUCAGUGGAGGACACUGUGCCGCCACCUCCCCCACCCAAGCACGCUUCUCUUCAAUCUUCAUAUUUCUCACAUUCCAAGUCAGAGAGCCCUCCCGAGCCCCCAGUGCUGGACAACUGCAUGCAUCACAAACCUGCAUCCAUCCACCAGUACAGGGCUGAAAGUAUCCCGCCAUACCUGUAUCACAACAAGUCAGAGCAACAUCCAAGCUGUCCUUCUCUGGGAGAGACCCCGUUGGCGGUCCCCAGGUACAAUGCAUACCCCACUCAAGGGAAGAGUGCCUCUGUCCAUCACUCCAAACCUCGCAGCCGGGUGGAGUACAUGUCCUCCAUGAGCCCUACAAUGAGAAGCAAUAGUUACGUGGAGGAGACCCCACCCUACCCCUCCAUUCGCCGUGUGCACUCCGUACACGUCACUUCUCAGUCCACCAUCAGAUCGGUUCCCAUCUCCCGUACGGAGGUGCCUCCUGAUGAUGAGCCGCUCUACUGCCCGAGGCCCGUCUACCAAUAUAAGCCAUAUCAUCCCCAUGCAGAUUAUCACGUCACUCAGCUGCAGCCUUAUUUUGAGAAUGGCCGUGUUCACUAUCGAUAUAGCCCCUACUCGAGCUCCUCCAGUUCCUCCUGCUACACUGCUGCAGAUGGCGGGUUUUAUGAUCUGGAUCCAUAUGGGACAAUGCGACUGAGGCAGUUCCAUCCUCUCUCUGGCCGAGACUUUGCGUCUUACUCCAGAAUGCAGGGCAAAGGUUUGUACCGCUAUCCUGGCAUGCCUCCGUACCCCCGGGGAGGCCUCAUCGGCCACCUGACUGGCAAAGAGCACAGCUUCAUCAGCAGGGACGUGCCGCCCGCUCCAGAUGUCAAACCCAUGUAUGCCUCCUGGGAUCUGGAGGACAUGGAAAAAUAUCGUAUGCAAUCCAUCCGCAGAGAAAGCCGUGCACGCCAGAAAGUGAAAGGGCCUGUCAUGUCCCAGUAUGACAACGUAGCCCCUUCACUGCCGGACGAGUGGCGAACUGUCGAUGUUGUUCACUUGCGCAGUAAAUCUGAUCCUGGGAAAACUGGCCUUCUCACUGUUGCUGAUGGGAAAGAAGGGAGGUAUCCUUGCAAGGUUGGGACCCCAGAGGGGGAUGAAUGCUACCAUGUGCCACAUCUGGACACCGACAUGGACAGAUCCCAUUACCAUGGAACCUAUGGGAACGGGCCAUCUGAGAAACCUUCCCUUCCUCAAAAGCAAAGCAGCAUCAGGAACAGGAAAUCACACGAGGCAGGUUGUAAUUCGACUGAGCACAGAACACAUCUUCAGCAUGACGUGAGCCAUAGGCUGCCUGUGGAAUCUAAAAAUGGGCCCCCGUAUGCUGAUUACCGACCAAAGGGGCCCCAGGAGCCACUGGAAUCAACUGUGUACCAGCACUCUGGUGGGAAAUAUGUUCCAGCCAGCCACGAUGCCUUGAGACUGAAUCAUAAAGAGGUGAAGCUACCAGAGGACAGGCCUGAGGCAGAGAGACCUCGAGCCAGACAACCUGUCACUGUCGAAAAGCACUCCAGAGACUGCUACAAAGAGGGAGAGCACUACGGGCAGCCUGCGGCACCACCCCCGAAACCGGAACGGAGCCACAGCCUCCGGCUCCAACACCCUGAGAGCGUAGAGCGAGACCCCAGUCAACUUUACCCAUAUCAAACCCUUGGCAAGCGCCAAAGCACCAUGACUGUGGUGUCGCAGUACGAUAAUCUGGAUGACUACCAUACCAUGCCUCAGCACCAAAGAGGGGGCUACGUCUCCCCCUUUUCUCAUCCACACAGCAGGACCUAUGCCACAGCCUUGGGCCAGGGGGCCUUCCUUCCCUCCGAGCUCUGCCUACAGAGGCCCGAGACUGAGAUCCACGCAGAGUGAGGCUUGAGGGGCGGGAGGGAUAGAGCGUGAGCAGCCUCUGCUGGACAGCGGACUGUUUUAUUUUUUCAGUGAUAGACAACACCCUUCCCUCUGAGCAACUCCCGCAUUAACCCCCCACUCGUCUCGUGCCCUCCUCAGAUCCCCCCCCUUCUCUGCCACCCCAGUUCUCUACCGCUUCCAGGUUUUUAUAUAGUAAAUGUAUAGUUUUCUCUCGCAUUGUCUUAAUGGUAGGUUGGAGCAAUUGUGCAGGCUUUUCUUAAAACUCAAAGGCGGGAAAAGUUGUGCCCAUGAAGGAUUCUCAUAUUCCUUAGUUUGAAACAAUGGCAUUUCCCAUAGCUUUGACACUGUCCUUUGGAGACCCAUGCAUGACAUAUGCGUAGAUGGUUUAAUGCAGACAUUUCAUCACAUCCUUUGUAUGUGAUCACUAGACAGAGAUUUACGGAAUGGCAAGCUUUUUUAAAGUAAUGACUUUAACUUGGCCCUUUCAUGCUUAACGUACCAAACUCUGGGGGCGGGGGAGAAAUGAAUAGUUUCACAUUGUUUGUUCCUUCUACAUUUCCAGAUUAUUUUUAACAUUUUUAAUCCAGUGGUCACCUCCUUCCUAAAAACUAUUUUAAGUGGUCUUAAAGCUCCAAAUUCCAUCUGAAAAUUGUCUGUCGAGGUCAGUAUGAGUGGGAUAUAAGGUUAGUCAGGUGAGGUUUAGAGGAUCAAGAGGCAUAUUAGCCAAUUACGGAUUGUUCUUAAGAAAAAAUAAUUUCAGCAGCUUCAUCAAACAUUAAAAUGUUUUGUUUUUCAAAGAGAUAACCUCAAAUGUUCUAAAUGGAGCUUUGCUUUGCUAAACCUGGCAAAUGAGACUUGUAUUUCUUACAGUUCUCAGAGAAACACAUCUUAGAAUUUUUUUACAGCAAAUGCAUUUUGUGCGUAAUGCUGUCUACAGGUGGAUCAUCCAGAGGUCCCAUCAGCUAGGUAUUUUUUAAUGAAUGUUUUAAAGCGGCAGAACUUUAACAUGCUUUUGCGUGAAAGGGUCAUGGUGCAUUCUGAGUCACUGAUGGAUAUUUAUCUCAUCUAUUCACAAAGUAGUUCUGUGGCAAGGAAUGACUUUCUAGUUGGGUGCUGAUUAUAUGCUCCCGAUGACGGAUGCAUAGCUCUGAAUAUUGAGGACCAAGUCCUAGUAAAGGCCAACUGGCUUUACCAAAGGCCAGCAUGUCAUAGCACAAAGACCUCUUUCACUGUCAUCGGUAAAGCAAGCUGCUUGCUGUAAGUGUAGACUGGUGCAUCUUAGGUCACCCUGUGGCGCAUCGUGAUUUCCGUCUUUGAUGCGUGUGGGGGGGGGGGGGACAUAUUGUUUUGCCUCUUUGUUGAAUAUAGGACUCUUCAGUGAUUUUGAAAGAGGUGUCCUUGCUGGAUUGGUGGCAAACAGAGGCCUCAUUCUCCCCUGUUCAUGUCAGGAUCUGGAACAGCAAAGGCUACCGGAUGGUGGGAACUACACUGUUGGGUUUAAGUCCAAGGGGAGUGUCUCAAGCUUUUCUCCCUCUAUCUGUCUUAGUCCCUUGCCGAUAGGUUACAUGGGAAAAAAGGUUCGAGGGAACUUGCAUCAAGAUCCUCCCGGAGCUAAAGAUUUGUCCACUUCAUGCUUUUUUGGUCGCAAUUGUAGUAAUAAUUUUAAAAUACUGCAUUUUACAGGGGUGGAAAGCACUUCCCAAAAGCACCAUGGCUUUUGGUUCUUUCAGUUCCCCAUCUGUGUUAUGUUUUUGUCCCAGAAAAGAGCCAACCAUCUCCUUGUGUUCUGUGAUGUGUUACUUAAAGACUAAAUAAUUUAGCUUUUGGUUGUAUUGUUCCUCAAGCGUGCUAGGUGUAAAUGUAGUGGCCAGAAGAUUCACUGUGAACCAGGUUUACCUCAGCCUCCCUCCCCUCCCCCCUUUGAGGAACUUCCACAAAUAUAUUUUUCUCCCAUUGGAAGAGAAAUAGAGAGACAAGAUGGCUGCUGUGUGAAGCUUCCACUAUGUGAAGCAAGAAGAUUUUGCUGUUCAAGUAAGUUGAACAAACAGGUGUUUGAGGGGCACUUUGCAGGUCAUCCCAGGUUCCCCAGAGCUCACUGUUUUGUGGAACCAACCAUUUGAAGUUCUUCAUGGUGUUAGAGCUGCUUUGCACCUUGACUCUCUUUCUCUGAGUUCCUUCUGGAGUUAAGGCAGGGAAACCCCGUUGUGUUUCGGACGUCUGAGGUUCAGGUAUCGAGGACUGCAGCUCAAUCCUCUCUCUUCAUGAAAGCCUUAAUUUUCCUUGUUAUCCUCUCCAUAUAUUGGCCUUAUCUAACCUCCAGGUGAGCGAUCAGAACCAAGCCAAUUUCAUGCAAAUUUAUAACUUCUAGGAGCAGUGCUUAAACAAAACCUGAUGUUUUCAUCAUCUCACAAAUCUUGACUGUCUAAAGGAGGACAAGGGCGAGGGGUGGGUGUGCAGUUAGGUUUUGAAUGCUUAUCACUUUGCCAUUUCCAUACUUUGAACUUUCAUACUUUGAGUCCCCUAAAUCAGAAAGUCCCACUGAAGCAAUGUACACCUCAGUAAAAAUAGCUCCCUCUAGGCAGAGCACUUUGUGCUUUCAAAUUGAGACCUUGCCUAUGCUCUUCCUUGUCUUGAUUAAUGCCACUUUUUUUGCUGACCAUUCAUGUCAGUAUACAAUUUGGGGGCCAUUGAUCCAAAAUAAUUUACAUUAGAAAAGGAAAUUCACAAUAAAAGGAAGCAGUGUUGUUCAAAAGAGCUUGUGUUUGACGAACAGUGGCAAUGGCUGUGUUCUGUUCACGGUGCCACUGUAACAGUAGAGAAAACUUUUCCCCCACCCAAGAAAGCCAUAAAGUUAACUAUGCAGCCCCUGCUCAUGUCUAUAAUUAGUUUUGGAACUCCUAACAAAGGAGAGGGAUAUCUUCAUUGUUUUGUUUCGUUAAGCCCAACCACAAAUCUAACAAUGGAAAGAGUGAUGAUUUGUCCACUGGUCCAGUGAUUAUUAGACAAUAUGCUGUUUGCUGGGAAUGAGUGAAGAGGUCCUUGGAGCGGAAGACAAAUGAAGUGGAGUGUCACUUAUCAGCCAUAAGUUCAAGUCCUUAUUGGUGCUGAUCAAUGGUCAAAGCAUAAUUGUGGUGAGAAUGCAGAACCACUGCUCACUCCUGUUCUCUCUCACUGCCUUCGUCUUAAUUUCCAUGUUCUCCUAUUAGAUAGACAGAUUCCAAUAGCAUUAGAUAGUCAUAUCGCAUUAGACAGCCAGAUUCUAAUAGCAGUUCCACUUAACCGUAAAUGCCUCCAAAUCCAAGUUUGCGUGGCUUCUCAGAUCAAAAUUAAGCCUCUCUUGUUCAUUUGUUAAGUAGACAUAGCAAAUACUUGAGGUCUUGUGUAGUUGAUCUUAACUUUAAAAAAAAUCUUUUUAGUCAGGUUAAAAAUUUUAUGCAGAUGACAGUGGAAAUAAUUGUGCCUAUGUCUUCACGGACAUAAUUGGGGGGAGGGAACUUACAACAUGGGGGGGGGGGUGUCACAUGAAGAAUUGCACAGUUGUGGCAGACCUUGCCACACAAAAACCAAAAUCAUCUUGAAAAUCCAGCUUGUUCCUUUUCAGCUAGCGAAAGUUUUGGACCGUCGGAUGUGCUCUUUUUCCAUUCAUCUCAUCGUCGCGUGCAUUUGAUGACCAAGCAUCAAUUGCCUGUGCAUUAGGGAACUACAUUGCAGAUGUAUGGGGUUUUUUUACAUUUUACUUUCUAAAGAUGGCUUCGGCAUGACAUUUUCUCCAGGAACUUGUGCUAGGAAAACUGAUGCAGUGGGCAUGGUACAGAUGAACAUGUAUCUUUAGUGUCUCCAGUAAGUUUUAUAUUGUAUAGUUCCAACGCAAAACGAACAAGAAAAUGGUAGUUGUGCAGUUUAUUUUUCCUGCUGUGGAAAACUUGAGUCGUCCUUUGCCCUGAGCCGCAUGAGAGAACCAUCCCAGGAAGACUUGGGUGAUCUCCAGGUAUUCACUUUAAUUUAUAUAGUGUCUUUUUUUUUAACUUUUUGUGAGAACUGGUGUAAAAUGUAUAUGCCGAUAAACUCGUGUUCUUUUAUGUAAAUAUUUUUGUGACAUCCUACUUCCGCCCCACUCCUUGUAAAUAUUUAGAAUUCUCAUUUUCUUCACACUGUGUACAAUGCAGGUGUGUUUGGUUUUAUUAUUAUUUUUUAAUUUGUACUGUAAUGCUAUGAUCAAACUUGAGGUGUCUUGUGCUAUUAAAGAAAAAAAAGAACUAACAGUCCCACAAAACUCAGAUGUACAACUCAACGAUUAAAGCAGCCAGGUUAAAAAUGAA